AUGGUCCAACAGAAAGAUGAAGCAGUUUCCAAGCAACAACGGCGAGCGAUGGCGCAACUCCUCGAAGCUGGAAAGAUCGAGUCUGCAAAGAUCCGCGUCGAGAAUAUUAUCCGCUCUGACAUUACCACCGAACUCCACGAGAUUCUUGAACUAUAUUGCGAGCUGCUGCUUGCGCGAACGGGCCUGAUGGAAGCACAAACCUGCGAUCCUGGCUUGGAAGAGGCCGUCAAGAGUCUGAUAUAUGCAGCGCCGAGGACGGAUGUCAAGGAGUUGCAGCAGGUGCGGAAUCUGCUGGUGGAAAAAUAUGGCAAGGAGUUUGCGCUCGAGGCCAUCGAGCAUAGUGAUGAGAAAGUCAGCGAGAAGGUGCUCAAGAAACUUACAGUUACGCCGCCUCCGCAAGAGCUCGUUAAUGGAUACCUGGAAGAGAUCGCGAGGACUUAUGGUGUGGAUUGGCCGAAGAAACCAAAGGAGGAGCUGGGCGAGCCUCCGGAGUACGUCGAUGAUGACGAUGACGAGAAUCCAAGCGGAGGACAAGCACAGAAGAAUCUCGAGGCUCCAUUGGAAACAGAUGCAGGGAAGGCAGUUGAAGAAAGGGAAGCAUUGAGUAAGGCAACGCCGCCGAGGAAUUUUGGUCCUACAAGCCCGCUGAGAGUGAACCCACCGAGCCCGAGCACGGAUAAUCUACAUCCUAGGGUUAAAGGGACGUUGGAUCUGAAGCCAACGAAGAAGAUGGUGGAUUCUGGGGCUGGUAAAGGGACACAGAGUAAAGGCCCCGUUGGUGGGACAAUACCUGAUGUGGAUGAGCUGGCCAAGAGAUUUGCGGCACUGAAGAAGUGA